UUGACCGUUGGAGAAGAACAUCUCUCUUUUGCAAAAAAAAGAAGAAAACUAAUUUAAAAGAUUAUUAAGCUUCUUCUGCAAUCUUCUCCUUCGGUUGUUAGUUUUCUUUCUUAUAUCUAUCAAUCGAUCACAACAAUCAAACUGUGAUCAGAGAAAAUGGAAUCCCCACAGAAAACCAAAACCGGUUUGAACCUCCCCGCGGGGAUGAACCAGACCUCUUUACGUCUCGAGACGUUCUCGAGCUCGUUCCGCGGGAUCUCGACCUUAUCCUCUCCCUCAAAAUCCACCUGCAGCGACAGAUUCAUCCCCUGCAGAUCCUCAUCGCGUCUCCACGCCUUCGAUCUGCAGGACAAGGAGCCGGCGACGCCGGUGAAAGAGGGAGGGAACGAAGCGUACUCGAGACUCUUGAAAUCUGAGCUUUUCGGAUCUGAUUUCGUUUCUAAUUCAUUGUCUCCUGCAGGUGGUGGUGGUGGUCAAGGAUCUGCUUCUUCUCCCAUGAGUCCGUGUACUAGUAACAUGUUGAGGUUCAAGACGGAUCGUUCCAAUUCGAGUCCGUGUUCUCCGUUCUCUCCUUCGAUUCUAGGAAACGAUAAUGGUCUCUCCAGUGACUCGUCUCCUCCUCCUAAGCCGCCUCGCAAGGUUCCUAAAACUCCUCACAAGGUGUUGGAUGCACCUUCAUUACAAGAUGACUUCUACUUGAACGUUGUAGACUGGAGCUCACAGAAUGUUCUUGCGGUUGGGCUUGGUACUUGUGUCUAUCUCUGGAGUGCUUCCAAUAGCAAAGUGACGAAGUUAUGUGACUUGGGACCUAAUGAUAGCGUGUGUUCGCUUCAGUGGACACGUGAGGGUUCAUAUAUAUCUGUUGGUACAAGUCAUGGUCAAGUUCAGGUUUGGGAUGGAACACAGUGCAAGAGAGUCAGAACAAUGGGAGGUCAUCAAACGAGAACUGGUGUCUUGGCAUGGAACUCGAGGAUCUUAUCAUCAGGGAGCAGAGACAGAAACAUCCUCCAACAUGAUAUCCGAGUCCAGAGCGACUACGUCAGCAAGCUCGUGGGACACAAAUCUGAAGUCUGCGGGCUGAAGUGGUCUCAUGAUGAUAGAGAGCUUGCGUCUGGAGGCAACGAUAAUCAGUUGUUAGUGUGGAACAAUCAUUCACAACAACCUAUUCUGAAGCUGACUGAGCAUACAGCAGCAGUCAAGGCGAUUACAUGGUCUCCUCAUCAGAGCAGCCUCCUUGCUUCAGGAGGUGGAACGGCAGACAGGUGCAUUAGAUUCUGGAACACAACAAAUGGGCAUCAGUUAAACAGCAUCGACACUGGAAGCCAGGUCUGCAAUCUGGCGUGGAGCAAGAAUGUCAAUGAGAUAGUGAGCACUCAUGGAUACUCUCAAAACCAAAUCAUGCUCUGGAAGUAUCCAUCCAUGGCAAAGGUUGCAACGCUUACAGGGCACAGUAUGAGAGUACUUUACUUGGCUACAUCACCUGAUGGACAGACUAUAGUGACCGGAGCAGGAGAUGAGACCCUGCGGUUUUGGAAUGUCUUCCCUUCAGUGAAAAUGCAGACACCGGUGAGGGACACAGGCCUAUGGUCAUUAGGGAGGACACAGAUCCGAUAACAGUCAUUUCAAUCAACCUUUAAAUUUGUUAUUCAUUUGGGUAUGAGAGAGACAUAUAUAUAGAGAAGCUGCAAUGUAAUCCGCAAAAUCUGCAUUCUAUUUUAUUUAUUCUUUUUUUCUGAUCCUUUGUAAACAGAGUUACCAUUGGGUGAGAUGCUUUUUUAUGAAUGAAAUUUCUGGCAA